AUGAACAAAUGCACUGUAGCAGCUAUCGCGAAGUGUGCUAUCAAUCAAAGGCGGUUUGUGAACAAUGUAAGUUAUUUGGACAAGUUAGCCACCUUCCUUCUUUACAGUUCUGUGAUUCCUGCAAUGACAAAGAUGUCCCUUGUUUCCGCCGUGUCGUGAUGAUUGUUUGUAGUGACUGUGAAACAGGCAACAAAACAGCCUUCAAGAACUUAAAAGCGAAACUUGAGGCAGAUGCUGUAGAUCCCAACCUAGCGUUUUUGCCUGUUUUGCCUGAUUGUCCUUAUGUUGGGAAAAGUAUAAAACCUGCAUUUUCUAAUUGGUGGCUGAAAUGUUGAGGCGAACGAAUAAACUUGGCUCUCGUUAGAACUUUGAGAAACCACUCCGAUAGAGCCACUAAAGACAAAUUCAAGAGACUAAUUCCAAAAAAUGACCAUGUCAAGAACAAGGACAGGCAAGAUCCAUCUGCUGUCCUUACCCUAAGUAAUAGCAAGUUGACAGAUGAGCUGAGGAACACUGGUUAUGUCUGCCAUACUAUAAUACCCGAGUUGGACAAGUUCUCUCCCUGCAAUCAAGUUGGUAUGCACACUCGCCUAUCACUGUUGCUGUCCCUUGCUAUGGGUAGAUUGCAUUCUUAUCAUACGAUGUUAAGACUUCCACAUGCACCCUCUUUAAAGCUCGUCUGCCCAGUCCUGUGGACAAGAUCGUUGCCAUGAGGAAGAAUCUUAAAGCGAAGGAAAUUCAUUCUUCUGACGGAAUCAUAUUUAUUUCAGCUUAGAGUGGUCCUAUCAAAGCUGUAGAAUUUCAAGGGUCAAUUUUCCUUAUAUCUAAAAAAGUCAAACAGAAGAAGAAAGGGGAUCUGGUAGAUCUUGCAAAUAAACUCCAGGUGCAAUCUACUGGAACCGUAGCAGAGAUUACCUCCCGAAUUCAGGCGUACUCCAACUCACAGACAAAGAAGGAUUCUCAGAACAACGUCAAAGGUGACCAAAUCCACUUCUGGGACUGUGAAGAACAACCAUCGUUCAAAGCAGUGGUAUGUGAAGACAAUGAGUUGAUGUACCGUGCUGAAUGCAGCAAAAAACCUCUAAUGUCUUUCCAAGUGGAAAAGGAUGGUGUCGGCCUGAAAGGCACAAAUCAGCAAGUGAUUGUCCAGUACAGCCCUGGUUGGCGCAAAAUCAACAGUGUGUGUCUUUGUGGCAGCAGCAUAUUUAUUUUGCAGUGUCAAGGAGUUAGUAAAAUAAGCCUGGAAAGUGGAGAAUGCAGGCUGCUUGUCGAGCUUGUAGACGAGCUGUGUGUACAAACACGAUUUGGUUCGGACGUCUUAUCUACCAAUCAGAAGAUGUCAACUGUUUGGCAUCUUAAACCGUGUAGCUAACUAGAUCUGUUUGCUGGCUCUGACAAAGAAGAAGGAAUUGUCGAUGAACCCAUCAAGACUUGUCGGUUUAAAAAACCAAUGGGUAUUUGUACCAAGUUUGAUAGUGUUGUUUAUGUUUGUGAUGUGCUGGCGAACUCUUUCACAGUCUGUACUGAGGUUAAACAGUGUUCUCUUUUUCUAAACACCAUGGGGUCCUUGUAUAAUGCGUUCUCUGUGCAUAACAAAGGUUCAACAUACACCGUUAAGACACCUGAUGAGGCUCUUAUUCUUGUUCAACAGUGCCAAGACUUUCUUAAUGAUAUUACCGUGGACAUAAGAUCUAACACAGGAAUUUCUUGA